GUCCGCGGCCUCCGCUUCCGAUAAAGUUGUUGUUUUGCCAACAUGGCGGCGCCCAUAGUGACUGGCCAGGUCUUGUUCGUGUAAUGCUUGAAGAACGAGGCAGAAGGGAGCAGCUGGCCAGAGCCUGUGCACAGAAAGCCCCUACUGGGGCUCAGGAGGACGAGAGACAGGCCCCACUUAGCCCCAGGAGUUAAAGGGUCUUCCCCCCUGAAGAAUGGCAUCAGCCUGUCAGAGGCUGAGUUUUUGUGUCUCUCCUCUGAAAAGGCAGCUAGUUAGUGGGCUACCUGUCAUCCUAUGGGAAAGAAUAAUUCCAGGGUGUUCCAGAAGCAUCUACAGCGCCACCGGGAAGUGGACAAAGGAGUACACACUGCAGACAAGGAAGGACGUGGAGAAGUGGUGGCACCAACAGAUAAAGGUGCAGGCAUCCAAAAUCUCAGAGGAAGAUAAAUUAAAGCCCAAAUUCUACUUGCUGUCCAUGUUCCCAUAUCCUUCUGGCAAGCUGCACAUGGGCCAUGUCCGUGUCUACACCCUCAGCGACACCAUUGCACGGUUCCAGAAGAUGAGAGGCAUGCAGGUUAUCAACCCCAUGGGGUGGGAUGCGUUUGGAUUGCCUGCUGAAAAUGCUGCCAUAGAGAGGAAUUUGCACCCAGAAAGCUGGACCCAAAGCAACAUUAAACACAUGAGGAAACAGCUGGACCGCCUCGGCCUGUGCUUCAGCUGGGACAGGGAAAUCACUACGUGUUUGCCAGAUUACUACAAAUGGACUCAAUACCUGUUUAUCAAACUCUACGAAGCUGGACUUGCCUAUCAAAAGGAGGCCUUGGUUAACUGGGACCCAGUGGACCAAACAGUGCUGGCUAAUGAGCAGGUAAAUGAAUAUGGCUGUUCAUGGCGUUCUGGAGCCAAGGUAGAGAAGAAAUACCUCAGACAGUGGUUCAUUAAGACAACUGCAUACGCAAAGGCCAUGCAGGAUGCAUUGGCAGACCUCCCAGAGUGGUAUGGAAUAAAAGAAAUGCAGGCCCAUUGGAUUGGAGACUGCGUAGGCUGCCACCUGGACUUCACAUUAAAGGUUGAUGGACAAGACACAGGAGAAAAACUGACCGCAUAUACAGCCACACCUGAGGCCAUCUAUGGCAUCUCCCAUGUGGCCAUCUCUCCUAGCCAUGGGCUUCUACAUGGCUGCAGCUCUCUGAAGACAGCCUUGCAGAAGGCACUGGUCCCUGGCAGAGAUUGCCUCACACCAGUGAUGGCCGUGAACAUGCUCACCCUGCAGGAGGUCCCCGUCGUUAUCAUGGCUAAGCCUGACUUGGAAGGCUCUCUAGAUUCAAAAAUAGGAAUCCCCAGCACCAGCUCGGAGGACACCAGACUAGCCCAAGCUCUGGGCCUACCCUACUCUGAGGUCAUUGAAACUUCCCCAGAUGGCACAGAGAGACUGAGUGGAUCUGCUGAGUUUACAGGUAUGACCCGGCAGGAUGCCUUUGUUGCCCUGACUCGGAAAGCCCGUGGGAUGAGAGUGGGUGGACACGUGACAAGUAACAAGCUGAAGGACUGGCUGGUCUCAAGGCAGCGCUACUGGGGCACACCCAUCCCCAUUGUCCACUGCCCAGCCUGUGGCCCUGUGCCUGUGCCACUGCAAGACUUGCCUGUGACUUUGCCCAGCAUCACAUCUCUAACGGGCAGAGGGGGCUCCCCGCUGGCCUCGGCUUUGGAGUGGGUAAACUGCUCCUGCCCAAGGUGCAAGGGAUCAGCCAAGAGAGAGACAGACACCAUGGACACCUUUGUGGAUUCUGCAUGGUACUACUUCAGAUACACGGACCCUCACAAUACUCAUAGUCCUUUCAGCUCGGCACUGGCAGACUUCUGGAUGCCUGUGGAUCUGUACAUCGGAGGGAAAGAGCAUGCUGUCAUGCACUUGUUCUAUGCACGAUUCUUUAGUCAUUUUUGCCACCGUCAGAAGAUGGUGAAGCACAGAAAAGGUCAUGUAUAUCCUAGGCUGGCCUCAAACUCAGGAUCAUCCUGUCUCAGCUUUCUGAGUAGCUGAGGUACAGGUAGGUAGCCAUAUGCCCGGGAACUGAGUCUUAAUGCUGCUGAUUUAACUUGCUCUAGACAUGUUUUUGAUACUGAGCAUAAAUCCAGGGCCUUGUGUAUGGUAAGCAUGCAUUGUACUACAGAGCCACACUUCCACUUCCCUGAGUUCCUCUUAAGUGUGACUGUGCCCAGUGUGAGAAAGGAGAUAAGCAUGCACCUGGGUGUACCCAGAUGAGCCUGUGGAGCUCACUGGCGGUGCCUUGCUGUUGAGCUACAGUGCUCCUACUCUGCAGUGCGUUCCUUAAUGUGCUGUUCAUCUUAGAUGUAUCUGCAUCCAGAGCUGCCUUCACCUGCUCAGCAAAAAGUGGCUGUGCUGGUUGGUCCUCGUCCACUUGACACUUUGGUGCACAUAGAGGAAUCCCUUCUAUCUUGACACAGUAGCAUGCUCAUUUGAUCCUGUAACAUCAACAAAUGUGUUUAUGCACUGAAUAGGGCCCCACAAACAUGAUACUCAGCAUUUCCUUUUGAAUGUUAACUGCACUUGAUUUUUUCCACCUUUGUAAAUGUGCCCCAUCUCUCACCAUUGCUUCGUUUUUUGUUUUUUGUUUUUAAGAUUUAUUUACUUAUUUUACUUUAUUUACUUGUUUUAGGGCUUUGUACUAAAACAAGUAAAUAUCUGUAUACCAGAAGACAGCAUCAGUUGAACUUGGAACCUCUGAAAAGCAGCCACUGCUCUUAACUACUGACCAGCCCCUCACCAUUGCUUCCUUAUACUCCUAUGCAAGCACUGGGUGUGCGCACACACACAUACAUGCUCACUAAAAGACCUUUAGAACAGGAUGAUGGGCUACAUCUCAGGCAGAACAUGUACUUAGCACCUGGACCCUGAGGAGAUUAUGGUGCAGUAUGGGACUGACACACACAAAGGUCAGGAAUCUUGUUUCUGGCUCUCAUCUCUGACAAUCUCUGUCUGCUCUCUUGAAUCUACUAGAAAAUGUCCUUCUCCUUGUUACUACCCACCCGUAGCUGUUGGACAGGGACCACUUGGGCCCCUACUCACCUAAAUUGGAUGACCUUGAAUAUGAAAUAAGGACCUUAUAGGAUCAACCUGCAAGACUAACCUGGUCUAUAGCUUGUUGGGCCUGUUUAGGUUUCUGGAUUUCUGAUUCCCUGAGUAGAGGUUCCCCAAUAUCUGCUCACCCUUACCCCCCAACCCCAUGUCAGUGAACUUGCACCCCAGAGCUGGAGUGUUGGAAGGUCUGCAUGGCAGUGUAAACGAGUGAGCCUCUAGUUGUCCAGAGCAACAUGAAAAACUUGCAUAGGGUGGUGCUGAAAUGCAUCAAAAUAGAAUCGGACAGAUUCUUAGAAAAUAAAAUAAAAUAGGGUAAAGAAAUUGAGUGUUUCUUAAGAAUAAACCACUGUGGUGACUGUGGUGGCAUAUGCCUUUAAUCUCAGCACCCAGGGGACAGAGGUAGGCAGAUCUCUGAGUUUAGUCUACAUAGAGAGUUCAAGUCCAGCCAGGGCUGCAGAGUGGGACCUUGUCAGAGGACUUGGGGGAGGUAUAUGUGGGCACAGGACUGGAACAUGGAUGGCUCAGCAGUUAUGAUCACUGGCUGCUCUUCUGGAGGACUCACCAUGACUGCCUUGCCUGCUGCUGUACUUCCCAACUACGAUGGUCAUGAACUCCAGCCCUCUGCACUCAUGAUCUCCAAAUUAGAUACUUUUGUUUGUAAGUCGCCUUGGUCAGGUUGUUUUGUCAUGGUGUCUCAGGGUUUUAUUGCUGUGAAGAGACACCAUGACCAAGACAACUCUUACACAUGAAACAUUUCAUUGGGGCUGGCUUGCAGGUUCAGUUCAGUCCAUGAUCAGCAUGACAGGAAGUAGGUAUGGCAGUGUGCAGGCAGACGUGGUGCUGGAGUAGCUGAGAGUUCUGCAUCUUGAUGUGAGAAGUCCACACUGGGUAGAGCUUGAGCAAAUAUAAGACUUCAAAGCCCCACCGCAUGGUAUUAUCUUUCCUCCAACAAGGCUACACCUAGUGCCACUCCCUAUGGACCAAGCAUUUAAACACUAAGUCUAUGGAGGCCAAACCACCACAAGUAACUAACACACACACCAGCUGUUGGUAGCUGCCUCCUUAGAGUGUAAUGGGCCAGGAAGGACAGGUAGAUAAUACUUAGAUUUUAGUAGAAAUGACCCAUUCCUGUCCAACUCAUCAGAUCUAAAACUUGAAGACAGUACUUCUGAGCGGGUACUAUGUUAAGGGAAAUAGUAAGCACCCUUCACAAAGACAGACAGCCUUCAGUCCUCCCUCUAGGCCCUGCUGCGCUGAGCCUGAUGUGUAGCUGACACUGGCUCUAUUUGCAUCAGUCACUUGAUCCCAUCUUCCCAUUCAUAGCUUAGCAAGCUUUUUUUGCUCCCAUGUUAUAGGUUAGCAAACUGGACUCCCACAGCCAGUAAGUGGCUUUUGUGGCUCAUGGGUAGAAGUAGGUGAGAGCCAGGGCUUCCAGAUCUGAGGCCUGUGCUCUUUCACUUCUCUUCAGCACAGAGUGGAUCUGUACUUAAACCUGACUGCUGCUCUGACUCAAUGAUACUAAUGGUAUCCAAGGAGCCUACUCUAAGGUGUGGUCAGUAGUGAUGCUCUCUGGAUACCUAGUGUCCUGGCUGCUCCACCCACCCUGCCACCAUUUUGUGUCUGUGUGUGAUCUUU